AUGACAUCGAAUGUUCAUAACCGUUGUUCUUGUGAAUAUGACGAAGCAGAUGCAUCAUCUCUUCUAGUCCAAUCUGAAACUGUUCCUAACAUCACUAUUCCUGCGAUGCUAAGAUUGACUACCGAACGAACCAAUAAAAUUCAGACUUAUGUGUUCUUUCCAUUGGAUGAUCGUAUCUAUAAUAUGGUCAAUCAUUCUUCUACCGAAUAUGAACAAUUUGCUAAAGCAACUCUUCAAGUUUUUGAGAAUGCAGCAAUUCCGCAAAUUAAUUUGUUUGGAAUCUUCUCUCGUAGAACUGUGGAGUUAGAUUGUAUCAUGCUGGGAACAAAAGAAGGGAUUUUCUAUGGCGUUGAAAAACGAGAAUUAGUGCACAAACGACUGAGAAAGUAUUGCAAAAUACACAAACCAUAUUGCGACUUCUUGUGCAAGUACAUGCCAGGAAACAAAUCAUACAAAUUGAUCGAUGGAGGGUUUGCAAUUUUGUACCUUCCCAAUUUUGAACACGAUCAAACUCAUUUGAGACGUGCGAGAUAUAUUGGACUAUUUGGUGGGAACGCAUACUUUUUGGAACUAGACAGCGGCAAUGUGAGUUUCAAUAUGGAUUUCAAAUUUGAAAAGAUUUCCAGAUUUGCUUCAUCAAAAGUCGGAAUGAAUGUCGGAUCAUAA